UAAUCGCCGGUUUGUGGUUGUGAUCGCGCCUGUUCCAUAUUUUGCGUAUGCAUUCCCGGAAUAUCUCUGACAGUUCGUUGUUAAGAAUAUAACAUUGAAGUCUGGCUCAUCCCUAAAUCUGCUGGCUAUUUUAUCUGUUUUAAAUUUGAGAUGGAUGAUAACAAAGACACGGGAAUGGCUCAAACAAGUGGCGCUACAUUGCGGCGGCCGGUUCAAAUAGUGAAGAAACGCUCUGGCCCACUGGACGAUGCCCUUAAUGAGCUACACCUUGGGAUCAGCGAUAAGCAAUCAACCCCUGAUUUGGCGACGAGGACGGCAACGCCGAUUUUCGCAACUUGGCAAGUAACGCCAACAGAUGCUGCUGUGAAACUACCAACAUUCGCAGUAAGCGCUCCAUCACCCCAGGCUGUUCGCCGGCGUCCCACAAUCAAAGAGAAGGAGAAAAAACGAGAACGAUGGUUGCUUACAAGGAAAACGUGGAAAUAUAUGACUGACGCUGGUCGUAAACUGAUUCCAGAUGGGGCUCAAAACCGCAAAGAAGAUAUACUAAAGAUCGAAACACAUUUCCAACAAGUUUGCGCCAAUGAAUCUCGUUUUAUAUUAUGGCGUCGCAAAUCGUCUUAUCCUGGGGCUGUGCGUAACUCAAAACGGCGCCUAAAACACUUGCUGCAACAUACUGGACAAAAGGAGCCGCCUACAAUUGAUGCUUUGGAACAGCUAGAGGCUAACAACGCUGACCAAAUAAUUGACAUCUUACAAUCCUAUUUAAAACUUGGUGAUGCAUAUAAAACAACCACGUUACUUAGUUCUAAGACGGUUCGUCCUGAUCAGACAGCUUCACCAAGCGCACGUCGCCCAGGUAAAUCCGGGAAUUCCUUCACAAGCACUGGAAAUAACACUUCGAUGGGACCUGUUUUUUUGAGUCCCCAGCUUCCUAAAAGCCUUCAACAGCUAAAUGAAAUAGACCAACUAUUGGAGCGAUUACGAAUGCUAUCCCGCAGUGUAACAACAAAUAUAUUUACAAUACCACCUGAAAAUAUUACGCCAGCGAUUCUCGAGGAUAAGGCUUUAUUAAAACAAGUGUACAAUUCUCUUAAAAAGCAACAAUUGCAUCGUGUUUUGAGUAAACAUUCCACCCCGCCGUUGAAGAAUCCACGAUCGAAACUUAAGCAUUCAUCAUCACUGUCUAGUCUAACGCACUUUGGUUCUGGAGCCGGCGCUGCCACUAGGUUAGGAGAUGGUGGAAAGGAUCCAGACGUUUAUGAAGUAGCUCGAGGCAAAGAUCAAAGCACUUCGAGUGUAGAACCUACUACACCAACAAUAAUAACAACUGGGACCACUCCCAAAAAACACCUACGCACUGCUAGUAAGUACGUCAGUAGCGUUAUUGUAUCACCCACGCCGGCGCCUCGUCAACGGAAGCCGCCAAGUACGCUCGAUCUACCAGGUUUAUGCAGCGCCAACAAAAAUAGCGCACCGCCACGCCGUGCUAAAGAGCAUCCAAUUGAAAAGCAUUUUAAUUCGUGUGGUACUCAGACGAAUUUCGUACCAUUGCAGGAAAUAAAACGCCUUGCUGAGGAAUAUAAAGAGCAAAAACGGGAGGAGGCAGCAUUAAGUACUUCGACGAUUGGUACUCCUGGUGCAACCGAUGACGAAGCGGAAAAAGGUUUUUCGACGGCUUCUGCAGGAGGUCAACAUCAUCGUCGCAAGAGCUCCAUAGAUAACGAAGAUGUUUCGCAGUCUGUCAGUGAUACAAUAAAGAGGUACUUACGUAUGGCUAGAAAGAAAAGUGUGCAUGAUGACAAUGCUAAUCGUUUUAAACGUGUUAACUAUGAUCGAAAUUUGAGAAAUAUAAAAGCCAAAGGUGAAAUCAAUCCUCCUGGCAUGGAUGAAGGUAAUUCAAAAGCUGUGCAAACAUUGGAUGCCUGGCCGGUGAUAUCUUUGGAUUUUAUACGUGGCAAUGAAAGUUCAAGCGUUUUAGAGGCUGCACAUAUCGAGUGGCAGAAAGCUUUGGAUGAUCGGAUAAAAAAGAGACUUGAAUAUGAACAAAGGUUAAGUUGUCAGAAUGGUGCAAGUUAUGUGGGUGUGAGUACUUCCGAAGCCAGAGAUGUAAAACCAACCGCCUCGAGUUGCAACUCUUCUUCGGCACCAACCUCUCCUAUAUCCAACGAAAAGUUUGAAUCUGUGCCAGCAACCAGUAGUUUUGGUAGCGGAGUCGGCGGCCUUCGAUUGGCCGGAUCACAGUUUUUAUCGAAUUUAUGGCACGGUGCAUCAUCAAAUGUCCACGAAGAUGGCACUAGGAACAAUAAUGCAGGUAGGCAUUGUUCUCAGAGCCAUCCUGGUACCAGCUUGUUGAAAUUUCAUCGAGGCGGAAAGGGCGAUCACAACCCAGGACAUAAUGAUUCUUUCUCGAAGGAUGCAAAUUUGGAAGCGGCUAUGCAAAAAUCCAAAUCAUCGUCAAAUGUUGGGCAAUUCGUCACCAGAAAGAUACUUAAAGGUCGUUCGAAAAGUCAAACCCGACCCAACACGCAAGCUCCACUCUCCAAAUGGGCUCCAGCGGAGAAAUUCACAUGGACGUCAGAUAAUGGAGGUCGUAUAUUAAUACAAGAUUCUUGUUUGCAAAAUCUAACAGAUAUUGAGGCAAAAAUUCUGCAACGUGUGGCUAUAGAAAAGAUAAACGAACUUAAUAUUGGAGUUAAUGUAGUACUGGAUCACGAUGGUAAAUCGCAAAAACGACGGGUUCUACCCAAGAAGAAGGCAAUAACGACAAGUUUCUUUGAUAUCAGUAAAAAAGAGGACCAAAGUGGUGGUAGUGGUAUAUUCGGCAACUCUUUGGAAUGUUGCUUGGUUAAUGAUAAGAAACGUGAUAGUAAUUUGAAGGCAUCAUCGGAACGCGGCUCUAGAAACUCUAUAGCAGCACUUUUUCGCAGCGGUUGUGGCAGUGAAUCUUCAAGCAAGCUGAAUGAAAAUGUGCGUUCCUAUGAAAGCCUGCCAUCGAGUACUAGUUUUCUGGUGUCCCCACAUAGAGGUGAUAACCGCUCUGAUAGCGGACGCGGUAAAUCGAGUUCGGCUUACUUUGGCCCUCUCUCAAAGUCUACAUCGAUGCAAAUGUCACAAAGUCAAUCAGAUAUAAGGCGUCGAAGUCAAGACUUUGAUUUACAUGGUUUCAAGCUGCAAGAUUCUACUGAUUUUAAGGACCUACAUGAAACAAACAACAAUUCAUUGCAAGUACCUUCAUUCAUAACGUCGUGUAUAAGAUAUCUCGAAGAGCACGGUUUGAACAAGGUUGGAUUAUUUCGCGUGAGCACUUCCAAGAAGCGUGUUAAACAGAUGCGCGAAGACUUUGAUAAAAAUUCGGUUACAAAUAUCGACGACGAAACCUGUCCACACGAUGUUGCAACGUUACUUAAAGAAUUCCUGCGGGAUCUACCCGAGCCGCUACUCUGCAGUGGACUUUACAAGGCAUUUCUCGAAACACAGCGAAUACGUAAUCGACGUCUGCAAUUGGAGGCGAUCUCGCAUUUGGUAAAGCUGCUUCCAGUAGCUCAUCGUGAUACGCUUUAUGUUUUAUUAAAAUUCUUAGCAAAAGUGGCUUCCUGUUCAGAUGAUAUAGCUGGGCACGACGGUAAUACUCAAAUUAGUGGCAACAAGAUGGACAGCAAUAAUUUGGCAACCGUUUUCGCGCCAAACAUCCUCCGUACAACAUUAAAAAGCUCUUCAACCGCUACCGCAGAUGUAGCAGCUUGUGGUUACAGCAACGAGCAAGAAUCUAUGAGUGAUGCAAUUAAUGUGAUCAGAAUUAUGAUCGAUCAUUGCGAGGAAAUCUUUAAAGUAUCAGCCGAAUUAAUAGACGUUGUCUAUUCCCACAUGCUCGACAUGUGCCCAGAGAAGCUUUAUUGUCUAUUCGAGCAACGUAGUCAGAGCGUUAGGGAUGAUAUUGCCAACUCUUGCUCCUCGCUGAGUAGUCCUGAACUCAUAGUUUCACCUACUUCCAAUACGCGUAUCCAAAGUACGUCAGCAUCUAAUAUUCCCAGCUGUGUUGGUGUUGGCGUAAGUUCCGUGCAAUCAAAAACAUCAGCAAAGCGGCUGUACACGCGGGAGUCCGUCAUGCAUGAUAACGAUGCGUCGCGUGCACCGGAUGCGACCACGAAUGGUUCGAAUGAAAUGAAGCGCUAUUCGAAUACGCAUAAUAAUCGUCCUUCUACAACCCAAAAAAUUUGUCAUGACGAACGUAAAGCCAAUUCUCAAAAUUCUGAACCCAUUGAUCGACGGCAGUCUUCACCAAAUAUAUUAGACAAGUUUGGCGUUCUCUCAGCAAGCUUACAAAUUCCAGUACCCAUGGCGCAGGCAGGUCACUUGAGAUUAUCCGCUGGAAGUUCGGAAGAAAAGUCGCAUGCGAAGAUGGACAACCCAAAAUCUAACUUAACGGAUAGUUACGAUUACCUGGAUAUUCCAUUCAUUGAAUAUGCAACAACCGGACAGGAACUGGAAAUUUCAAAUCACUGUAAGUAUAUUUAAAUAAUACAUCCCAGUUGGAGUAUGCAGAAUGUUGGGCUUAAACCAGUGAUGAACAGCGUUGGCAGAGCUGCCAACACAAGCAGAACGUUUUUGUGUCGAGUAUGUGUGUACGAGCAUAGAACUCAACGAAUUCUUUUAAAGUAGACAUGUGCUUUAGUUAUCAAAUGAAAAUUUCUGCAACAGAAUGAGUGUAUAAAUAUAUUU